AUGACGGAUUCUUCACCACCAACAAAUGAAAGCAAUCUGAGCCUAGCCAAAGAUCAAGGCAGUUGCUGCAAAAACAUAAAUCAUCAAAUCGGAGAUUCAUCAAUGAAUACUACUACUAACACUGAAAUCACUCACCGGAUUCCAAACAAGCCAAAUAUUGCAAUGCCAUGUUAUAAAAGAAUUGUUUUAGAAGUCGGAGUGCCAUACAGUUAUUGCACGUGUGGAUUUAGUAAAUUAGAGGGAGGAGCUUUUUGUGAUGGAACAUGCAGAAAUAGUGAUGAAAUUAAAGGAUGGGAACCUAAAGAAUUUACAGUUAAUAAUUUUAAUAGCGGAGGAUAUUCAAUAUGUUGCUGCAAAAGAACCAAAAAACCUCCAUUUUGUGACGGGUCUCAUAUUGAUUUAGAUUGGUAA